UCGAAGAAAGAUCAUCGCUUUCACCUGUCCCACAGGAUCGCAGAAGAGAAUUUACGAAAAAACUCUCUGGAUUCGAGGUACUCUUCACUGGCUGCUAGAGAGGACACAAUGACAGACUUUCAGCGAGCGGGGCUAUUACUUUUGUUCCUAUAUAUAAAUUCUUUAGAAGCUGGAUCGUGUAGGAAAAACAAUUUCAAAUCAAAAUAUAGACGAGGUGAAGUUCCCCAAGCGGUGCCAGCUGUAAUGGACAUCGACACUCGAACGUCUUCGACGGAAAAAAAACUAGUGUGUUACCUCGAUUUCGAAGACCAACCUGAAACUGGUACGAAUAUCAAGGACAAAUCAAUGAAUGGUAACGAUGGUUUCCGUGAGAGAGGUCUACUAUUGGUGAAUUUCAAAGGUUGUGGUAACGCUGCUUAUCUGUACUCUGGUGAUAUCUUGUUUCAUGGUGACACUUUUCAAUUCAAACCCCAUACCGGUGUCACGAUCGCAGCCUGGGUUCGAAUCAUUGAGCUGCCUGGUAGUCAUUCGAUCUUUGAUACGAUCGGCAGCAGCCACGAGUGCGGUCAGUAUCAUUUGGAGAUCAACGAUGGUAAUGUCCGUUGGUUUCAUCGCAAUGAGACACAGGCAACGGUGUUUAGUGUCGAAGCAAUUGGUGGCAUUAUCAAGCAAAGUGAAUGGUUUCACGUGGCCGGUACAUAUGACGGUAUUAUUGGCAAAGCAAAGAUUUAUGUGAACGAUGAGUUGAAAAAUAUGUCCGUCAACGAGUACGGUGGAUUUUUGUCACUUGACUGGAACAUGCGCGUGGGAAUAGGCGAUCACAAAAACUACCGUCCCGUGUUAGGAUUCGUCGACGAGUUCCGUAUAUAUAACUACCCUGUGACGAAAAACGAAAUCACAGAGAUGUUCAACAAAUGCUCAUUCAACAAUGGAGCUGUUGCUUCUACUGUACAACCAACUACUGGCGUUCCAACUAACGUGACAGCUUAUACAAUACUUGAUCCUCGGACGACGACUGCAACUCCGCCUGGAUCUUUGAUACACGAGGCUAUCUUUGUUAGCGACAACCAAAAACAUGUAGACACACACAGCAUAAUGAACAACCAGAAUAGCACACAGAGGGAACUGAGCCACCAGGCAAACGGAUACAACGAACUGAGCCACCAGGAAAACGGACACAACGAACUGAGCCACCAGGAAGACAGACACAACGAAUUGAGCAACCUGUCUGGCAGAUACAGGGAAGUGGGCACACUGGAUGUCAGACACACGGAGCCGAACAACCACAAAGACAAACAAAGCAAACUAAGCACCCAGGAAGACGAACAAAGCAAACAAAGCACCCAGGAAACGGUGGAAACCAUUUUUAAACGUGGAAAAAUCUUCAAACACCAAAGAGGCAACUGACGCAUUUGUCAAAUCUCGUUGCCUCGGCAACCUCUAUUAGCUUAUCUAAGGAGCUCAAUUCGACACUUGUUCAACAACAAACUAAACUAGAAUGAUAUUCACGAGAGUUGAAUGUUUAACUUUUAGCUGUGUGUCUAUUAAAGACCCAUAUUUGUCUUAGAAAUUGUAUGUAAAUUUUAUUUUAAUAAAUCCGCAAUUUUCAUU